AUUACCAAUUGCUUGCGUCACGACUCUGGUCUGCCUCCGCCCCAUAACUGAAAGAAUUGACACAUUACAUUGCGAAUAUAUACUGACAAUGGGUUUAUACAAUUGCAUUUUUUGCACUUCUACUGUCACAACACCGUUAAUUAGAAAACAACUCGUAUCAUAUCUAUCAGCAGCCCCCCGGACUUGUAGUUCUACAUUGUUGUCUAGAGCCAUGUCGACGUCGAACUUGCGAAUUGAAAACACAAAUCUACAGACCGCCCCUGGUGUCGAACUGUCACAGCAGCAGAAGACGCUUGUGGGAAGCGUGCUCGAUCUUUUCCAGGGCAAACCUACGAAGGAGAAGCUUCAGCUGUGGGAAGACGAUGCGACCUUCGAAGACCCACUGACUAUUGCCAAAGGUAGAAAGAAAUAUGAGCCUCAAUGGUACGGAUUGCAGCAAGCAUUUUCCGAGAUUGAGCGUCUAUCGCACCAGGUCGUCUCCUCAGGCAACCCGAUAAUUGUAGAUCUCAAAACCCGCUACAAAGUCAAAGGAAUCGGAAAAGAAACCACUGUGUCUUCUAAAGUCAACAUAUUCACUUCACCGGAUGGUUCGAAAAUCUCCAGAGUCGAAGACAAGUGGGAUGGAAAGCUUCCCGAUUCUAGUAUUGCGGAUAUUUUUCGAAAGUUAAACUCUAUUACCGUUCCGUAUCUUGUAUCGAUUCCGAAAAGCGCCGAAGAGGAAAUGAAGACCAAUAGCCAACCGUGAGUUGCCUAUUGACAUUAUCGACAGCAAAAGAUAUCGAAGGAUCGAAAUCUUUGGUAGCCAAUGAUCUUAAUGCUCAUCGCCAUCUUUCGCAUGCCCUGCCGUAGCUACUUUCAAUAUAUCUUCCUCAAGUCCAUUAACG